UUCCUGCAAUAGAAAGUGAGAGAGGGUAGAGAAAAAAAAAACAAACAAACAGAUCUUUCCCUCUGACCGUUAAGGUGUAUGAUAGUAGAAAUUUCUACAAUUAGGACUGCACCUGAGUCCAAGAACUCUGGUGUUCCACGCAUCACCUGUUCCUACGAUGCAUCAUUGAGUGAAACAAACCUGGUGGAACAAACCCCCUUCCUCCACCCAAGAAACCACCCUAGCAAAAAAAAGAACAGAAAAUGCCGCGCACUAAACAGAACAAUCCCAAAAACCUAAAAGAUAAGAUUGAGGAGGCACAGAAGGAGCUAAAGGAGCCCAGGGGUUCUCAGAAAGGCAGAAAUGAAGGCAUUGGCAGAGGUUCUGAUGGCAUCAAAGGACUAAAGAGGAAAAAGAUCGUGGCUGAAAAUCAGCUAAAGAAAAUACCCAAGUCUCCUGUCAAGAAGCAGUCACAGAGCAAGAAGCCUGUUUCCCCAUCCAGCUGUACUUCAUUCAAAAAAGCAACAUCGUCCUCUUUAUUCUCCAAGAAUCUCAUUGAUAGUUCCCCCAAGUCAACCCAAGACUCUGAAGAUGAUCAGCAGGAGACAUUAUCAGAGACGACAGUAAAAGUGGAGAACAAGAAUUUGACCACCUUAGAGCCAAAGGUUCUUGUCCACACAAGGGGUGUGGAACAGACUUGUGUUGGAGAGUUAGUUCAGACCAAAAGCUGGAGUGAGAAGACCAGUGCCAAAGGCACGACUCGUUCUCGCACGGCUGAUCCUCUGGAAGUCCUGCUCAAGGCUAUGGAACCAGACUUCAACACGCUGACAGAGAAGAAGACCUGCAAUCCAAUUGGACAACUUGGGAAAUCCUCUUCCAUUCCUGCUGCCCAUUCAGAGGUUUGUGUGGCUAUGCCAGCAGUUAAUUUUGGUUCUCAGUCACAGGCUGCUCUGAUGCAGCCAUAUAAUCCAGACAAGUGCCAGUUCAGUAAUGUUGGAUCCACAACAGUCCUGGCAGCCCUGCAGCAGUCUUCCCAGCAACAGUUCAUAGUGGCAACUGAUUGCCAUCAUGACAAGCCAGGCCUCCAAAAGAGCUACAGUGCAGGUCCAUCUCUUACACUGACUCAUGCCCCUGUUCCCUCAGGGUCCAAUGGUUUGCCUCAAAGUCAGCCACCUGUAGUGCAGACAUGCCAGUCUCUUUCUGCCACUGUCCCUAACCCCAUCCAGGUCCCAGUCACACCUGGGUUUAAUUCUGUCCAGCUGGCAACUGUCGUCAACUUUGGCAUGAAUCAAAUGUGUGAUGUCUCUGGAAAAGAUCAGAAACCAAAGAAGCAAGGGAAGUAUGUUUGUGAGUAUUGUAACAGAGCAUGUGCCAAACCAAGUGUUCUGCUGAAGCACAUAAGAUCUCACACUGGAGAGAGACCCUACCCUUGUGUUACAUGUGGUUUCUCAUUCAAGACAAAGAGCAACCUCUACAAACAUAAAAAGUCUCAUGCCCAUGCCAUCAAAUUAGGGCUUGUUUCCAAAGACUCUGGAAGUGGGUCUCUGUCUCAAGAAUCUGAUAAGGGCCUUGGUACCCAUUCAGAUGUGGAGGAAAGUGGUGAAAGUGAUGAGGAGGUUAGCACAGCUGACUUGGACCCUGAUUCUUCACAGAGCAGCCUGACUGCUUUAUCUGAGAGCAGUUUGCAUAGUUCAGGCACAAUUCCAGGCAGCCAAGGGGAGGCAGAGCAAUCAGUGGUAUUUGAAAAUCUGAAAUCUUUCACUAGUCAGAAAGGCUGUGAACCCAAAGCUACUGCUGCUCUCCCUAAAGUUGUUGUCUACCCUGUCAAUGUUUCACCCUUGCGGGCAGAUAGUCCAAGAGUUACAGAUUCUACACCAGAGCAAGCGACUGCCCAGAGACAAAGGGACUUCCAAACAGCAAGUCUAAGGUCCAACAUAACUGUCUUGUCUUCACUGAAAGAGGUGGACUGUGUGAGUCCCUUACAGGAUUCCAUAAGUGAUGAUGAGGAUCAGCAAUACAAAUCUCCACCAGGGAGUGGACACGCACAGCUUCAGAGACAACAAGCAACAGACUGCUCUCAGCAGCCCCAAGGCAAAUGCCUGCUUAGCCCAAGAAGUCUGGGAAGCACAGACUCUGGUUACUUUUCUCGAUCUGAAAGUGCAGACCAAGCCAUGAGCCCUCCAAGCCCUUUUGUCAAGAUUACUCCUCCAACAGAAAGUGAUCAUAUGAAAAGUCCACAGGCUGUACAAUCCCCUGUAGCGGCAACUGUCAUGCAUUCAGCACCUGUUGAAAAGCUGCCUGUUCUGCCAGGACAGAUGCGUCCUCCAUUUGAAGCAAAGGCUCUUUCUCUGGAAGAGCGCAUCUCCAAGUUGAUAUCCGAUAAUGAAGCUGUUGUUGAUGCCAAGCAACUUGAUAGUGUCAAACCAAGACGGACGUCACUUUCCCGAAGAGGUAGCAUAGAUUCCCCCAAAUCUUACAUAUUCAAAGACUCUUUUCAGUUUGAUCUAAAACCUGUAGUAAGAAGGUCUAGCUCCAAUUCUGACAUACCAAAAUCUCCCUUCACGCCUACAGAUAAAUCCAAACCAAUAUUUCUUCUCUCCGUACCUCCACAAUAUCCAACUCUAGAUUGUUUACCAAUUACAAGAAGUAAUUCAAUGCCUACAACACCUGGCCAAUCAGCUGUUCUCCCCAAUGCUACCCCUCAGCCCCAUCCUUUAAGGAUCUGCCAUUCAUUUGAUGACAAAAUUAGUUCACUAAAUGAUGAUGUGUUUUCUUCAGCCCCUCCCACACCAAAUCCGGUUGUACAUCGAACUUUAGUCAGACAGAUAGCAGUUGAGGAUUUAUCCACAAAUGAGGGUCAUGUGCUCCUUUCUGUUCAUUCCAUGGACGAGAGUCAUCAUGGACCAAGUAUUACUCAAGAGAUGCGAAGUAAGUCAUUUGAUCAUGCACCUGAAAGAACUCGAAAGACCCAUCAAAGCAAAGGGACAACGUAUGAAUGUGAGACCUGCCGUAAUCGGUAUCGAAAAUUAGAAAACUUUGAAAAUCAUAAAAAGUUUUAUUGCUCUGAAUUGCAUGGUCCAAAGAACAAAAUUGUGUCAGUCAGAGAUAUUGAAUCUGAAGUGUUUGUACGUGGAAACCAGCAACCAGUUAUGAGCAGAAGUGCAUUUAUUCCAGGCAUUGUGGAGCAACCAAUGAUGAUCAGAAAAAGACGGAAAAUGAAAAGUGUAGGAGAUGAUGAUGAUCAAUCUCCAACUGAAACUACACCUCCAUGUUCAAGAAGUUUUGAUUCUUGCCAGAUGUCUGUGGGUUUUUCAGGAAAUUCAUAUACCCAGCACACACACACCUCCUGUAACCCUCCUAUUGUAGGUCCAAUUCAGCUUAUUGCUAGAGGUACUGAAGAGUCAAGGUUGUCUCCAAUACGAGAAAGCCAGGUCAGCACAUCUAAUAAAGAAAGAACUGAACUGCAGAGACAAGGAAGUGGUACAUCAGUCAUUCGGCACACUAAUUCACUAAGCCGACCAAAUUCUUUUGAAACUUCUGAGUCCAUAGACCGAUCAUCUCCUGUUGAUUGUGUGGAAAAAGAGACCAGGAACUCAGCAAAAAGCCAUCCUGAAGGUACAAUGAGCUCAACUUUGCAAAGCUAUCAUGAAAAAAUGUCAACACCCAAAUGUGCCAACCAAGGAAUGGACCAUCAUGAUAAACAAGCUUCAUCAGUCACUAGUGACAGCUGUACACAUACUCAGUCAAGGUUAGUUCGCCAAAAUAAUAUUCAAGUCCCUGAAAUCCUUGUAACAGAAGAACCAGAGAGAGAGCAUGAAACUCAAUUGAAUGAAUCCACAGAGAAACCUCAAGAAACAUUUAACUGGCCUCAAAGGAGUGAGAGCUUAUCCAAACUUCCAACGGAAAAACUCCCACCUAAGAAGAAGCGAAUAAGACUGGCUCAGAUGGAACACUCCUCAGGGGAGUCCAGCUUUGAGUCAAGUCUUUCUCGUAGCCUCAGCAGAGACAGUAGCUUGUCAAGGUGCUCCAGUAUAUCAGCCUCAUUUGACAGAGAUGAUCCACCAAGGUCAGAAAGCCCAUGCCGGGCAGAGGCUGUUAGGAAACCACCAGAUGCCCCAGUACUCCCUGUAGCAAACACAUUAGGAGUCCCAGGAAUAAUGCGACGAGCUGCCUCAGAGCAAAUCAGUUGCACUCAACCAUCUGUUGAAGUUUCUAGUGACUAUCGUAGCAAAUCCUUUGACUUCAGCAACAUGUCGCCUGGUAGGUCUUUGUCACAAACAGCAUCUACAAAGGCUACAUAUUGUGCUCCACAUCCCCAGGUGCCUCUUAUUGAAAGAAGAAGAGGGCCUCUUGUACGCCAAAUGUCUUUGAAGAUUGGAACAGAGACACAACAAAUAUCAGGGAAACAAACAGUCUCCCUCCAGAGAGCCCCCUCUGCUGUCUUCUCUGUAUCUCAACACAGACCAAUAAAUGUAAAUAAGCCUGCACUUGUUGAGCCUUUUGUGCUGCAGUCUGUGGAGGGACUUUUGCAGAAGAAUGAGCAAAUGGUUCAAAGUAUCAACCUUGGUAGUCAUACACAGCAGCCACAAGUACAUGGUCUUCCUCACCCGUGGCACCAGACCUCAAGGGUUGUUCAAUGUCAGAAGUUACAACCUGUGGUCCAUGUUGUACCUGGUCAUUCUGAUGUGCAGAAGUCCUCUGAUAUACAAAAUAAGAAGACCUUUGUACCUAAGUACCAGCUGCAGUUUCCAGUUUUAAAAACAGGCCAAGCAUAUUCUUUCACUGGGGUGCAAGCUGCACAAAUUACCUUGCCUGUUAUUACAAUACCAAUUGCAAAUGAGAUCAAAGUAUCAAAGGCAAAUGAUGGGAUAAAAAAAAUUUAUGUAGCUCAAUCAAGUAACCCUAAGGCCUCAGUUGUUAAACCUGUUGAUUCACAAGUUGACACAGCCUCACAGAUUUCAUCAGGCAGUGCUGCUGUUCCACAGAUCCUUAUCACUCAUGAACAUACACUGCCAACCUCUACAGUGGCUUCUAAGGUAAACUUUCCAGCCAUGCCUACAAUAAGUAGUGAUUCAAAAAAUGGAACAAACAGCCAAAAUGGCCAACCACAUGAGUCUGUUGGCAUCCCAGUGAAAAAUAAUUCUAUUACCAUGAACCAGAACCAGAAUACUCAAUCACUUGUUUCAUUACAGUGCACUCAGAAACUGGCAUCAGUAAGUCUUUGCCCACAACAGGAACCCACUGCCUCCAGUAAACGUAUGCUUUCCCCUGCCAACAGUCUGGAUAUUGCCAUGGAGAAGACUCAGAAGCGGGCUAAAGAUGAUCAUGGCGCUGCAUGCCUGACAGAAGGUCGAUCACUCAACUACCUGAACUCAAAGAUGUCAGAGUUGACCAGGCAACGUAAGUUAAUGCUGGUUCGACAGGUCUGCACCACUGAACCAGUAGACAGUCCAAUAGAAACAGAUGCCCCUGAACAAUUGCCUGAAAGCACAGAAUGUGAAAAAGACAAUCAGACAUCAGUUUGUCACACAACAAUGCCUGAAGAUAAUGAACAAGAAAUGGAGAGUAGGACACCUACCACAACAGUACAGCCUAUGUCAGUACCUGCUAUGCAUUCCUUAGGAGUGCAAAGCUCCUCUGGACCUGGAAACAGUGCACUGAAGUCACAGGAAAAGCCUGAGGAGCAGAGAUGGUGUCCAGCCAAAUCUCUAGUUAGACCUCCCACCUUUCAGGGACAAGUGAAAUUAGCUUCCUCUGUGUCUGUGGUCAAUACACGAGACAGCCAUCGUCUGUCUUUCCCAAGUCUGAAAACAGCUACAACCUUCACCUGGUGUUUCCUUAUGAAACGGAAACCUCUACAUAUUCAGCAGACAGAUCAGAGAAUCUCAGCUUAUUCUGCCUGGGCCGUCAAGCCUAAUAACCCAAAUCCACUGGGUCUUCCCACCAAAGUAGUCAUGUCUCUGUUUGAUUCAAAACAGACCUCCAAGAAAAUAUUGUAUACCCAAGCUAUAACGACAAGCUUAAAAUCGGACAUAUUAACCUACUCUGGAAAAUUAAAGGAUAUCUUGCCAAAGGUCUUGAAUCAGCCAAAGCUUCCAUCAUCUGAGAAUUGCAGCAAAGCAAAACCAGCCAGUGAGUUAAGCCAGGAGACAGACUCCUCCAAAACCGAGCCUCGGCGGGUGAAGAUCUUUGAUGGAGGUUACAAAUCUAAUGAAGAAUAUGUGUAUGUGAGGGGUCGUGGGAGAGGAAAGUACAUCUGUGAGGAGUGUGGGAUCCGCUGCAAAAAACCAAGCAUGCUCCGCAAACACAUCCGCACUCACUCAGAUGUCCGUCCCUAUCACUGUGCGCAGUGCAAUUUCUCCUUCAAAACUAAAGGAAAUCUUACAAAGCACAUGAAGUCCAAGGCCCAUAGUAAGAAGUGCAUGGAGAUGGGAGUUGCCAUUGGCAUCAUUGAAGACCAGGAGACAGAAGACUCAGGAGGAAGAGCUGGCAGUGCGGAUCGACCAGACUCUGAUGGUGAUGACUCAGAUGGACCUGAUGAUGAGGAUAAUGAUGGGGAGGAGGAAGACGAGGAGGACAGCCAGGCAGAAUCGGGACUCUCUGCCACACCCUCUGUCUCUGCCAGCCCCCAGCACCUCUCCUCCAACCAGGCCGACCCCGUGCCAAGCUCUCUUCUGGCCCAGAUGUCCAUCAGCCCGAGCCCACACCAUGAACCUCUCACUCAAGCUCCAGCCUCAGAGUCCCAGGCAUCUGACAUUGAGUCAGUGGCUAUGACCAGCCCUGUUUCAUUGGUCAGACAGAUGUCAAUCUCUGCUUCUUGCUCUAGUCCCGGCCCCAGUCCAUCCUCCUUCACCUCCUACCCCGGCCCUGCCUCAGAAUCCCAUGCUUCUGACACUGAGUCAGUACACAUGAUGAGCCCAGUCUCUCCAUGCAGGCAGAUGUCCAUCGACUAUCCUGACAUUGAUGUGCCCCCUAGUCCCCCCAUGCCGGGCAAGGACUCCAAGCUCGGCCAGAAUGGUUCAACAGGCUUUUCUUCACAGCCCACAGGUGAGCCUAACUCCAAUGUCGACCGCAGCACUCAGACCACCUCAGACAGCCUUCAGGGACCUUUGCACUUCCCAGCCCCAGGUCCCUCCCAUGAGUCUGCAGCUGGAAGCCCCACCCCCCUUUUCAGCUACACCCAAGAAUCUGGAGCUGGAGGCCCCACACACCUCUUCAGCCACACCCACGAGUCUGGAGCUGGAGGCCCCACCCACCUUUUCAGCCACCUCCCUCUGCACUCCCAGCAGCCAACCCGCUCUCCGUACAGCAUGGUACCUGUCGGUGGCAUUCAGCUGGUGCCUGCUGGUUUGGCUGCAUAUUCCACCUUUGUGCCCAUCCAGGCUGGGCCUGUCCAGCUCACCAUCCCAGCUGUCAGCGUUAUCCACCGACAGGCUAGCAGUCCUCUGCCAGCUCCCAACACCCCGCCACGGCCAGAGGGUUCACCCACGCAGCCCCUGGUGGUGCAGGAUCCUGUCAGCAGCGUCCUACCCUGCUUCCCUCUGGGCCAGGUGGCAGGGCUUCAGACUCUUGGGGCUCCCCAGGCCACACUGCAGCCUGUGGGUGUGGAGACACUGAGUGUGGUUGGUCUGGCUAACUCCACUCAGCUUGUGCCUCAGCAAAGCCUGGCACUAAAUGCAGCUUUGGGUGUGCAGGUGCUGGCUGCCAGCCCAGCGCCUCAGUGCAGCACAGCCUCCCCGGCUCACAUUCCUGGCCUGCAGAUCCUCAACAUUGCCCUACCUACACUCAUUCCUUCCCUCAGCCCUCUCUCUACUCUCAGCCCACUCCCUCUGGUGCCAGACAAGUCCUCAGUUACCCUACCUUCUCCAGUAGUGGAGUCUACCCUCGACACCUCUCCCUCCACUAACCCACCCACAGCCAGCUCGAGAGCUGCACCACCACCACCACCACCAGCUGUAGUGGCAGUUCCAGUCACUAUAACGCCCUCGGUGGAAGUGACUUUGCCAAGCAAGGUUAGCUCAAGUAGAGAUGACAGCAUGUUAAAUUCAGCUACAGCAGAAAAUGUGACACCAGCACCACAACCGCACCCCUCCUCAUCCACUGAGGGUGGGGGUGAGUGUGCCCGUAAAGCACCAGCAGUAGGGGCCAGUGAAACAAGACCGCCAAGGCAACCCAUCACCAGGCAGUCAGUUACUGAUGACUACAAUGAAGCCUCCAGUGAUGACGAAGAUAGACUUGUCAUUGCUACCUGAGAGUCCUUGAUGGGAAGUCAGUAUGUCUUUCUUUCUGUUGAUCUCUCUCUUUCUGUCUAUGGUUUUCUCUCCCUUUUGUAAAACUUUGUCACUUUGUAAAACUGAAAACACUCAAGGGGCAGGCAACUUAACCAACCCCUAUUAAAGCACAUUUUCUGACAUUCAUAAUUGUACGUGCAAUCAUAAAUAAUAAUGAUGAUGAUGAUGAUGAUGAUGAUGAUGAUGAUGAUGAUGACCAAUUUUUAUUUUUUACUUUUUGUGAACUCCAGGCUGUUUCCUUUUAUUUUUCUUUUUUGUACAUGUUGUAUAGACAAUUGUGCCUUUUGGGAGUUCUGUUUAGGAACCUGUAAAUAUUAUCUUACAAAUUUAGUAGUUGCUUGUGUUAUUUUAGCCUAGAGGAAAUAGAAGAAAAAUUGAAUGGAGAAAAUUAGUUUUAUUUUUAAAUGUUUUAUGUCAAUCGUAAAUUUAUGUUAAAAAAUGAAUAAAUAAAUGUUGUACUGAUAUAUUUCUAGGGCUUUGGGGGCCUGACCCUGACCCUGACUCUGACCCUGUGUCUGUGUACAGAUGUUGUGUUCAGGGCUUUGGGGCAGUGUUUCUGUGUACAGAUGUUGUGCUCAACUAUUUAUUAUAUUCCAUCUAGUGCCCAGGUGAUCUCCAUAAGUCCAUAGAUAUGUGUAAAAUGGUGGCUUUACAUUGAUGUAUCUACACAAUCAAAUGUAUCAGUAAAACUUUGUUUACAAGUGUG